UGUAGGAACUUCGUAUGUUAGAACUGAAUCACCGUUUCGUUUCCCGCGCUCACUCUCAUCGAAGAAGAGUGUAAGAGCGAAGAGGGGAGACGGAAAGAACUGUGAGAGAGAGGAUGUGCGGAAGAACUCGGUGCACUUUAAGAGCAGAGGAUAUCCCUCGGGCUUGCUGUGUCGAUGGUGCUUCUGUGAGAACCGUGGAUGUGAACAGGUAUCGUCCGUCUUUUAAUGUUUCGCCUGGGUCCGAUCUGCCGGUUGUUAGGAGAGAUGAAGCAUGUGGUGGAGAAAGCGAAGGUGCUGUUCUUCACUGCAUGAAGUGGGGGCUUGUUCCUAGUUUUACCAAGAAAACUGAGAAGCCCGAUCACUACAGGAUGUUCAAUGCUCGAUCAGAAUCAAUAUGUGAAAAAGCUUCUUUUCGCCGUCUAGUUCCUAAUAAUCGGUGCCUUGUGGUUGUUGAAGGAUUCUAUGAAUGGAAGAAGGAUGGGCCAAAGAAGCAGCCAUACUAUAUUCAUUUUAAGAAUGACCAGCCUCUUGUAAUUGCUGCACUUUAUGAUUCUUGGAGGAACUCAGAAGGAGAGAUGCUCUAUACAUUUACUAUUCUGACAACUUGUUCCUCCUCUAAUUUGCAGUGGCUUCAUGAUAGGAUGCCUGUUAUUUUGGGUAAUAAGGAGUCAAUUGAUGCAUGGCUAAAGGGUUCAACGUCCAAAUCUGAGUCAGUGCUUAAACCAUAUGAAGACCCUGAUUUGGUAUGGUAUCCUGUAACUCCUGCAAUGGGUAAACCUUCUUUUGAUGGACCUGAGUGUAUCAAAGAGAUACAACUAAAGUCUGAAGAGAAGUCCUCAAUCUCAAAGUUCUUCUCAAAGAAGAAAGGUGAUGAUGAACAAAAGUUGGACUCACAAGUCAAAGUUUCAUCCGAAGAGUCUGCCCAGACAAGGCCACUUGAAGAAUUUGAAGUAAAACCUCCAUUUGAGGAAAAAACUGAACUUCCUUCUGACUCCAACAUGGAUACUGGUCCCAAAUCUAAUGUUUCUUCCCUACCUAAAGGAGAAGCUGAGAAAUGUGGAAUAAAACGAUAUUAUCAAGAGUUUGCAGGCAAUUCAAUGCCAGCUAUUGGCAAUAUUGACAAGCUACAGACAAGUCCCAUCAGGAAAAAGAAGGAAAUUCUUAAUAAUACAGGUGAUAAACAAGCAACACUUUUUUCUUACUUUGGAAAAAGCUAGUUGGGUGAAAUGACAAGCUACAGACAAGUCCCAUCAGGAAAGCUAGUUGGGUGAAAUGAGAUGCAGGUUCCAUGUAUGCUGCACAUGUAUAAACUUUCUACUACCGUUGGAGUUCCUACUAGAGAAGCUUUCUAUGUACAAAUGUAAACUUAGAAAAGGAUUCUUCAACAAGCUUUCUUUUGUUCAAGUCUGAACUCAAAAAGGUCUCUUUACUCUGUAAGGAAGGUUUGUUUUGUGAGACUUGGUUUCCAUCACCCUUUUUGUAACUACUUGCAGCUGAUUUUGUAUCUGACGUUAUGGGCCACCUGCCUUUUAAUUUAUCUGUAACAGCUGUUGAAAGGGUGCUUUAACUCACUCUGCAGUGCUGCAACAGAUUCAAAAUGGCAGUCGGCAAGUACCAAUUUUAUGCAUAUGUUGCAUAAACAGUA